CGGGUCUUUUCGGCAGUUAUCCUACUCAUCACCUUCCACGUUACAGGAAGGUGUCUAUAAUGUUGGACUUCGUGAUUUUUGCGGUUACCUUUCUGGUAGCCUUAUUGAUAGCUGUUAUUUAUCUUUAUCCGGGCUCCAGACGUAUUUCAACAGUACCAGGUCCUGACCCUACCACUAAAGAAGAUGGGAACUUGCCGGACAUCGGUCGUGCGGGCAGUCUACAUGAAUACCUUAUGGACAUCCAUAAACAAUAUGGCGACAUAGCAUCAUUUUGGUGGGGCAAGGAGUUCGUCGUUAGCAUCUGUUCACCAGAACUGUUCAAGCAGCAUGCCGCUGUAUUUGAUCGACCAGUUUCCCUUUUCGAACAGUUCGAGCCCCUGCUCGGUAAGAAGUCAAUCCAGUAUGCCAACAAAGGAGAGGGUCGGAAACGAAGAAAAUGCUACGACGAAGUUUUUGCCCAUAACUAUUUACAUCACUACUAUGCAGGAAUGCAGGAGAUUACAGAUGACUUGGUAAAAAAGUGGUCAACUAUGGCAAAAGACGAACACAUUCCUCUGUCUCAAUACAUGAUGGCGUUUGCAUUGAAACUUGGGUUGCUUAACUUGUUUGGCAGCAAAGCAUGGACAAAUGAAGAAAUCCUAGAGAUCAGGCACCAUUAUGAUAUAAUGUUCACGGAGAUGGAGAGAAGCGUGACAGAAAACCUCGGGGAAGGAAGUCCGAGAUGGGAAGCUUUCGAGGAAUCAAAGAAGAAAUUGGCAGAGCUGGUGAAAAAGACGGUGGUUAACCGCAAGAAACUGAAGAAAGACACGGAUGAAUAUCUGUUUAUAGACGCCCUGUUAGACUUCUCCACUGAUGAGGAGCUCAUCUUUUCGGAAUCGACCACUUUCAUAAUAGGAGGAUUUCACACCACGGGAAAUCUUUUAACUUGGGCAAUCUACUUUUUGGCAACGCAUCAGGAUAUACAGGAUAAAGUCUACAAAGAGAUCAAACAAGUCGUAGGAGAUGAAGACGUGAGCCCACAGUCUGCCUCGGAAUUAGUGUAUUUCAACCAGGUUAUUGAUGAGACGAUGCGGUGCGCUGUGGUGGCUCCUUGGGCUGCGAGGUUUCAGGAUUUUGACUCUGAACUGGGAGGCCAUAAAAUUCCCAAAAAUACGCCAGUGAUCCACGCUCUUGGUGUUAGUCUGAAAAAUGAAAAGUACUACCCAGCUCCAGACAAGUUUGAUCCAGAUCGAUUUAGUCCAGAAAACACAAAGUCCAGACCAGGGCUUGCUUUCCAGCCGUUCGGAUUCGCUGGCAAGAGAAUCUGUCCUGGGUACAAAUUUGCUUACGCUGAGGUCACAAUUGGACUGGUGGCUUUGCUUAGAAAGUUCAAGGUGAAAAUGGUUGAAGGUCAGGUUGUGACCCCUGUUCACAAUUUUGUAACCUCCCCAGCAGAGGAGAUCUGGAUCACAAUUCAGAAGAGAUGAAACACAUCUAAAAUAAUUGUAUUUUUCAUUGAUUUGAAGCAAAAAGAAUAGAAAUGACUGUGGGCAUGAUUCGAUACAUGUAUAUUAGCAAUUGCUUUUUGAGGUUUAAAACCAAAGGUUGUUUGUGCUCUUUUCACUCCAUGGAGGCAAUUAUGUUUACAUUUCUUUUGUUUUAUUUUCAAUGUAAACUUGUGCACUUUGUAAAGUUUUUGUAAAAGUUCAUUGUUGUUAAAUACUAUCAAUAUCAACCACAACAUCAUUGGAAUACAUACAACUGUUGAUGUUGUAAAAUCUACAAUACUUCUUAAUUACGUAUUUAUCAUGUGAUAAAAGAUUUCUGCAUCCCAGAUGUGAACGCGGGCCCAUACCCUUUAUUACACACUGUGUAUCAUCACCCUUUGUUAUACGUUUCUUGUACAUUUCAUUUUGUAAUAACUCAGAUUUCCUCCACUAUAAAGUAGACAACGUUUUGUAACAAUGGACAAACGUACAUGUAUGUCUGCAAGAAAAUUAGAGAUAUAAGAGAGAGAAUGAACUCUUAAAAAGAUGUAUUGCAUUUGAAUAUAAUGAGAAGAAAUUGGAGCCUGUCGUAGUUUACAUAAGUUUUGCAAAGUACUAAAAUUAACUGCGAAUUCCAUGUGGAAAAUACUACAUGCACCAAUCACAUAAUCCAACCCAAAACUAAAAGACGGGACAGUUAUUCCUGAAGUCCCCAGGAGAUAUAUUACACAGUUUUUAUAUUUAGUCAUCAAAAUGAACUGCAAAUGCAAAGUGACUGUCUGUAACAUUUGAUAACACAAGCGAAAUUUAGCAUGAUUUACAAAGUGUACAUCUAGUCAUCAAAAUAAACUGGAAAUUUAAUAAUUUAACACAAGCAAAAUAUAGCUUGUGAUAAAUUUACAAAGCAUACAUCUAGUCAUCCAAAAUAAAUUGGAAAUGCAAAGUAACUACCUGUAACAUUUGAUGAUUUAACACAAGCGAAAUAUAGCUUGUGAUAAUUAACAUAGCAUCUUUCAUGUUUGUGAAUUUGUUGGGCAUAAUAGUCAUGUAUAAACAAUAUUUAUAUUGGCUUUGCAAGCUGGUCAAUUUCAGUAAGGUCACUUAGUGAUGUUAAUAAUUGUUGCUGUAAAGUGUCAUCCCUGCACACAAUUUAGAAUUGUACUAAUGUCAUGGUGGCAGGCUUAGAAAUCAUAGCAUCAUUUAGAGAUGUUGUUGAUUAAAGUAUCAGACAAUUUAGUGCAAUGCUGCUCAUUCUCUGGAAGUGAAACACUUCUUUCUGAUGUUAAUUAUUCAUUUUCUGUACAUCCAUUGUUUUUUUUUUUUUAAGCUUAGUAGUAAAUAAUCAUUUUUUUUUAUAUAAAGAUACAUAUCAUGA